CCGCCCAUGCUGCCCAUGGACCUCAAAGGGGAGCCAGGACCGCCCGGGAAGCCGGGCCCACGCGGGCCACCCGGCCCCCCGGGGUACCCAGGAAAGCCGGGCACCGGGAAACCAGGAAUGCACGGCCAGCCCGGGCCCGCCGGGCCGCCCGGCUUCUCGGGCAUUGGGAAACCGGGCAUCCCGGGACUGCCAGGAAAAGCGGGAAUGAAGGGCAUGCCCGGAGCCAAGGGCGAGCCUGGCAUGAGAGGAGAGCAAGGGCCGCUGCACCUGCCCGACGGCGGCGUGGAGGGCGCCGUGCUGGGCAACGGCAAGCCCGGCAAGCCGCAGUACGGCCGCGGCGAGCUCUCGGCGCGCAUCGCGCCCGCCUUCACCGCCAUCCUCACCUCGCCCUUCCCGGCCUCCGGCAUGCCGGUCAAGUUCGACCGGACUUUGUACAACGGGCACAAUGGCUACAACCCCGUGACCGGCAUCUUCACCUGCCCCGUUGCCGGCAUCUACUACUUCGCCUACCACGUGCACGUCAAGGGGACGAACGUCUGGGUGGCGCUUUACAAGAACAACGUGCCCGCCACCUACACCUACGACGAGUACAAGAAGGGCUACCUGGACCAGGCGUCCGGCAGCGCCGUGCUCGAACUCAAGGAGAACGACCAGGUCUGGGUACAGAUGCCCUCGGACCAGGCCAACGGGCUGUACUCCACGGAAUACAUCCACUCCUCCUUCUCCGGGUUCCUGCUCUGCCCCACAUAACGGCUGUUGGGCACAUUUCCUUUUUACCCACUCUAGCCAUAAACUAUCUUUUUUUUUUUUGAUAAAAAAAAUAAAAUUAAUACAAAAAAGAAAAAAUCACUGGGAAGAAGGUGCCAGCCGUUGUCGUGGGACCUUGCUUCGUGCUGUUUGAUCCAUGAGUCAAGAGGGUAAUUGCAAAGGAGACAUUUUUCUUUCUCUUUCUUUUUU